GCUGUAGUAUCGUGACGUUCGAUAACAGCGUUCGGUUAGUGGGAUUUAGUGUUACAUUAUUUUAUUAUUAUGUCUACACGAACAAAAUUAAUUUUCUUAAUGCUUUGCUCGCGACGUAUGCACACAUCACGGCAACUGCGGUCACCGACCGUUGUACAUGUUCGUGGUUUGCAAUCAUACUUGUUGUCACGAUAAACUAAAAUUGGUUCAUUAUUUGUUUUUCAACUUUCUAAGUUGUUGAUAUUAAAUUUUAUACUUGUCAGUAAUACCUUGAUAUAAGUUCAAACCGGUAGAUAAUAUUAUAAUAUUAAUAAUUUUAUUAGUUAUCUUUAAAAAUAGUAUAUAACUCAAUAUUUUGGUGAAGACAUGUCUAGUUAUGAUGAUUAUCAACACUGGCCGCACGCAUCUACAUCGAAUGCAGAUGAAGAUGAAUUAUCAUCUCCUGAAAUUGAACAAGAUGAUAGUGAUGAUGAUACAGAAACUUCAACUUCAAGUACUAGUUCAUCAGAAACUAGUAGUUCGUCUAGUAGUAGCCAAUCAGGAUCAGAUUCUGAAAGUACAAGUACUGCAGAUGAAGAUGAAUGUAGAUUACUUAAAACUGAGACUGCUAUAGCCAAUAAAACUGAACUCAGUUUACCAGCUGGUAUGUGUGACGAAGGAGAAGUAUUUAAGCAAUUAUUUUCUGUUAAUUCGUGGGUUUGCUUAAGUGACCAACAAAAACAACAUUUAAAAAAUUUCCUUCCCACAUUUUCUGAAAAUGAUCUAAUGGAAAAAGAGAUCACUUUGAGAAUGUUGUUUGGUGGACAGAGUUUUCGUUUUGGUGUAAAUCCAAUUGAUGAUUUUCAUGAUAAAUUAAAAAAUGGUCAUUUUCGUCCUGAUAUUGUUAAAUUAAAAUCAUUGUUACGCCGUUCUUUAAAAAGAGAAUAUAGAAAAAAUCAACGGAUAUAUAGUUAUAAUAUGCUGAAAAAAUUAUUAUCAGGGCGCAAAAAAAUUAUUGAUGAAUUAAACGAAUAUCCUACAAUGUCUGCUAUUAAUGUAGGAGGAACAAAUAGUUAUACUACCCACCAGCAAGUAAAAAGACGGUACUUUCGUGAACUUGCGGAUAUUAAGCAUCAAGUUGGAGAUGAAUCUGGUGAUAGUUCAGAUAGUAAUUAUCAAGUUAAUGAUUUAAAUAUAGAAGGGCCUCCAGCUCGUUUAAGUAAAAAACAGCAACGACAUUUAGAUGUUGUUAAAAAUUCUCUUUUGCCAGAGUUGGAUAUUAUCACAUCGACAAUGGCUACUUAUCCUCAUGGAAUUGAUUUAUCAAAAGUAGCUUUACCCAUGAGUAACCCAUUUGAUCCAACUGAAGAUAUGUAUCGUGAUAUGUUAAUAUCUCACAAGAGAAAAUUAAAGAAAAAAGAACAAGAACAAAAAGAACUCUCUUUACAACAAUUUGCUGCAAAAAGUUUCGUUAAACCUACUUUGUUGGUGCAAGAAAAGAAAAGGUCAGCAGCUAAUGAACGGUCUCGAGUCAAACGAACAAAAAUACCAAAACAACCUCCUGCUCCUCCAACUAUAAAGUUAGAUGAAGUAAAUACUAGCCAUGUAUCAAAACGACCAUCCUCUGAAAAUUUAAAAAUAGAUAUUAAUAAUGCACCAAUUUAUAAAUUGGAAUUUGAUAAAAAAUCACAAGCAAAACAAUUAUGUUCUCUUACACCACCAUCGCCUCCACCUCUUUCUUUACCAUUAUUACCACCACCAUCAUUACCUCCAGUACUUGAAACUAAAAAAGAAGAGCUUAUGGUGGAAAAUAUAAAUGCCAUAAAAUUAGAAACUUGUAUUAAUACAAAUAGAAAUUGCAACUUAGAAAAAGUUGAAGAAAAAGUAAGUAAACCUAUCAAAAUAGAAUCUGUAAAUUUAACAGCAGAUGAAAUACGAAAAGCUGAAGAAGGUCAAGCUGCAGCUGCUAUGCUAUUAGAACAAAUGAGUGAUGCCGAAGAGAAAUAUAAUCCUCCAAUUUCACCUUCAUCAACUGAAAAAAUUACUGAACCUAAAUUUAGUCCUUCUAACUAUUCUAUGAAACGAGAAUUCCACCCUGAAGAUAUGUUAACUACAACUGUACAGUCUAUUAAUACCGAAUCACCUCCAAGGAUUUUGCAGUCCUGUAUGCAAGCACUAACACCUAAUAACUACAAUUCAAAACAAUUAUCAUUGUCACCAGUAUCUACACCUAGUAAAGUGGUCACAGAUUCUAACUAUGUUGGAUCUUUGUCUGAGUUAGAAGGUUUUCAUGUUUUGGAUAUUAAGAGUGAAUGUAAUGAUGAUUUGGGAAUUAAACGUCUUCCUGAAGUACAAAAUUUAACUGUUAGUUUCUUUACAUUAAUCCGUGAUAUAAUAUGCUCUAAUUGGGAAUAUCGUAUGAAUAUGGGUGUUUUAAUAGAACGUGUUCAAGAUUGGGCCACAUCAUUAAUGACUAAUUCAAAAAAUCCACUGUGGUUUCAUUGCUUAGCACAAAAAUCAUGGCCAAAAGCUUUACAAUCUGCUAUUGGUUUUCUAGCUGGACAUUUUCCAGAGUGGCAACCUGAAGACUUUGUGCCUUUCAUUGAAUAUAAACCUAAUUUAGACACUUAUCAGUGGAUUGGUGCAGGUAGAGAUUCAGAUAGUAGACUUGGAGAAUUAUGUAAAUGUUGGCUUCAUAAUUUGAAUAAUAUAAGUUUAAAAUUAAAAGCCUCAAAAGAAGAUAACAAUCUUAAAAUUUCUCCUGUAACUACUAUAACGGAUAUUCCAUUGAUAGAAAUGUCUGAUACCGACUCAUCAUUAUCACUUCCUACACCUUUAUUAGAUACUUGGAUUGUAACACCUUCUAAUUCAGAAGAGCGUGCAGAUUUUCAAUCUCAGGAAAGGCAGAGAUUUUUAAAACCUCACAGGUCUUUUGUGUAUCGAAUGCAUGGCUAUGAAUCUAUUGUGGGACCUGUCCGAGGUAUAUAUAAUUCAUCUAAUAUCCAUAAAGCAGCCAGAGGUCAUUCUUUGUUGAUUGAAAAUAGACCACAUUUUAUAUCUAUACUAGUGUUAGUACGUGAUGCAACUGCUAGACUACCAAAUGGAAUGGGAACUCGUAGUGAUAUUUGUACAUUGCUUAAAGAUUCUCAAUACUUAAUGGAUGUAAAUCAAACUGAAUUACAUAAUGCUGUUAGUGGGGCUUUAGAUAGAUUGCAUUAUGAACAUGACCCUUGUGUCAAAUAUGAUCCUAAGCGUAAGAUAUGGAUUUAUUUGCAUAGAGGUCGAUCAAUGGAAGAAUUCGAACGUUUACAUUUAGAACAGCAAGGUGCUGUAAAAAUGAAGUGUUGGCGAAGAAAUAAACCUGUUAAAAAAUCUCCAGAUUUAAAAACUUCAUUAACAAAUCACAAACUUGUAUCUGAUGCUGUAGAAUCUCUAGCUAUAUUAAAUCUUCCAUCAAAUACAACAAAAGACUCAGUACAAAGUUCUAGUAGUUCUCCUGUAUUACCAGACAUGAAUAUAUCAGUUGCAGAAGAAGUUAUUGGACAUUCUGAAGAAAUUAAUCAACAUUUAGUGAAACAUUCAAAAAUAAUUAGGAGUAGAAAGGUACCUGUACAAACAAUGCAAAUGUCAGAUAAUGUUGCAAUAAAUAUAAAUGUAGAAUGUCCAUCCACUACAAGUCAGAGUAAAAUUGAAACUCCUCAAAUUUUUUCUAUGACUACUACCAGUGGUAUAUCUACAAUUACUACCAAAAAUAAAUCUAGUGUUGUAUCUACUAACAUUAGUAAUGUUUCAAAUCAAUUUGUUACUACAAAUUCACCCUUGAAGGUUGUUAAUACACAAACAGUUGUUUUAAAUAAUAGCCAUAUGAUCAAUAUUAAUCAAGCUGCAAAUAACACCAAUCAAACUUUUGUUCACAAUGGCCAAAUUGUUACUCAUAGUAUUCCUAAUAAACAUGUUUUAUCAUCAGGCGACUUGAUAGCUAUUACUCCUAGAAAGAAGAACCUUAGGAAUGUUCAAAUUGCUCAAUCUGUUUCCAUUGCUCCAACAACAGGUUCAUUAAAUAAUCAAAAUGAUCCUUUGUCUAUUAAUAAAACUCUUCAAAGCAAAGAACUUCAGCGACAGAUAUUAGUAUUAAAACAAAAGAGAACAGACCAAGCUAUUCAGUCUAGUUCUGAACUUACUACAGUUAUGACCAGUCAGUCAAGUCAGCCUGAAGUUGGUUUGAAACAACCUAUUCAACAAUUGCUUCAAAUACAGCAACAACAAAAAAUGCAUAAACAGCAGCAAGUGCAGUUGAAAAUAUUGCAACGUAAACAACUUCAGCAACAAAUGUUGCAACAAAAUAAACAGCAAGUGAUCAUAAGAAAACCAGAUUUAGAUAAUAAAACUGAAGAUAUAGAAAGUGAACAGCCACAAGUAAUUUUUGUAAAACAGAGUGUAAGAGGUGUUCAGUCAGAAGCCCAACAAAUUACUCAGCAGCAAUUACAACAGUUAUUAAUGAUGAGGCCACAACAGCAAACUGGACAGCAAACUCAAGUAGUUAUGGUCAAACAACCUGGGAAUGAACAAAAACCUAUUGCUCUCAAGCCUAUUUUAUCAUCACUUCAUGGUGCUAAAAUCCAGCAGAGUACCACCAAAACAAGCAAUGUAUUAUUGCAAACUAAACCGUCUGGCCAAACUCUACAAAGAAGAAUUGCUAAACCAUUAGUUGGAAAAUUAUUAUCAAAUCCCAGAGGACAAUUACCAGUGGAUUCAGUCUUAGCUAAUAGAAAAUUACCUGGAGUUGCUCAAGGUACUCCAUUAAGAAUUUCUGGGGUGCAAACAUCUAAAGGUAUACCACCACAAUAUACAGUUGUUACUGUUGCUCAGCCCAGACUUAUGUCUGCAAACCAAAUAACAAUUGGACAGCAAACACCCACACGUUUAGCAUCAAUAAAUGAACGUCUAAAAUCUAGUAUUGAUUCAAAUCAACCUCAAACUGUCCGUGUUGUUCAGUCACAAUUAAGUGGAAAAUCUUUAUUAGUGACAAACAAAGGUCAACUCACAUCACCUAUUACAAGCAUUGCUACAUCAUCAAGUUUAGUAAAUUCUAAUGUAGCCAGUUCCACAGCGAAUACAUACACUGUACUACAGCAGGGAUCUCAACAAAUACUUGUUCCAGCUAGUUCCUUAAAGUCUAUUCAAGGGCUUAAAGUAAUACCUCUUACACAACAUGGACUGAAAGGGAGAUCUCAAAUGUUUGCUCGAAUUGUAAAUCCAGAUAAUGUAAGACCCGUUUUCAUACAACAAUCCUUAAAUCAAGAUACUGGACAAGGUUCCAGUGAACCAAAUAGUUUAAAUAAAUGAGUUCCUUUUUUUUUUUUUAUAAAUAGCAGUAACAAAAAUUUGUGAUGAUUUAUAAGCUACUAUCCUAAUAUUUAAGAUGAACUAUUGUCUAUUUUGUAUACAUGCAGACCGAUCGUUACCCUUAUAUAUAUAUAAAAUUUUAUAUUUAUUUUCUUUUAUUUGCUUUAAUAAACUUUGUUGAAAUAAC